CGGCCAACAGGAAGCAAACAGUCCGUCCUGCUUUCUAGCAUUUAGCUUCCUUUAAUGUCCUUCAUCUGUUUUGUUUUUUCGUGUUUACAAUAGCCGCUUUAAUUGUUUCGCGGUUUUGCGAUGCUAUGAUUUAUAUGUUCAAUCAGAUCAAAACAAAUGUAAACACGCUGUGAUUCUUACCCCCGUGGUCCACGCCGGACGUGUCCGCGCAAAUGAAGCAGGAGUACCGGGACCUCGUCCUGCACACAUGCGGCGCUUCGUCCCUGCGCGUCGGCGCUAAGAUCCAGACUCUGUGGAGCGGCUACGGCGAGAUCGUGCGGCUGCACCUUGAGGGCUGUGGGCGGCCCUCCGUGGUGGUCAAACACGUCCAGUUCCCCCAGGAGGCAGAACACCCCGGCGGCUGGAACACGGACCGCUCCCACGCCCGUAAAGUGAGGUCCUACCAGGUGGAGACCCACUGGUACCAGAACUACGCCGCCGACCGGAGCUGUCGCAUCCCCGCCUGCCUCGCCGCCCGGUCCUACGGCGACGAGAUGCUGAUGGUGCUGGAAGACCUGGAUGUGGCGGGCUAUGACCAGAGGAGGACCAGCGUUGAGGUGGAAGAGAUAAAGGCGUGCCUGAGCUGGCUCGCCCACUUCCAUGCUCUCUUCCUGGGUGUGGCCCCAGAGGGUCUGUGGCCCGUCGGCACCUACUGGCACUUGGAGACCCGGCCGGACGAGCUGGACGCCAUGGACGACGGCGAGCUCAAAGCGGCGGCGGGCGACAUCGACAGGGUCCUCAACGAGUGUCGCUUCAAAACCAUCGUUCACGGAGACGCCAAGCUGGCCAACUUCUGCUUCUCCGGGAGCGGACCGGACGUGGCUGCCGUGGACUUCCAGUACGUCGGCGGUGGCUGUGGGAUGAAAGACGUUGUGUAUUUUCUCGGUAGCUGCAUGGAUGAGAAGGAGUGCGAGAGACGGGUGCCAGGGUUGCUGGACCACUAUUUCACCGAGCUGGAGGCAUUUGUUAAAAAGGACGUGGACUUUAAUGCUCUUGAGAAAGAGUGGAGGGAGAUGUUUGCGUUCGCAUGGACGGACUUCCACCGUUUCCUGCUGGGAUGGAUGCCGGGACACUGGAAAAUCAAUCGGUACAGUAAGCAGCUGACCAAGGAGGUUCUGCACAAACUGAAGCACUAAUAACGACGACUGUCACUGGAAAACUGGGAAAAGAGACUCCCAAACAAGCACUUUACUUCACCCUGUGCUGUUUAACAUGCUGUCGGUGACUUAAUUGUUCAGCAAGACUAUUUCGCAUCAAAAAUUGCUUUUACACAAUUUUGAAAAAAAUUGUUGUACCCGUAAGCUUAAAGCGUUUAUUAAACAUUUUUAUUUUCAACAUUCACUUUAGCGCUGUUGUCUUGCAGCAAGAAGGGCCUGGGUUUGAGUUUGCAUUAAUCUCGUGGAGCAAUAACACUGCAGGGUUUGCCGAGGAUGUGAUCAUUUUCAGAGAAACCCUCAGAGAGACCGCACCACAGAGCCAAAGCGUACAAAUCAAAUCAUUUAUUUCCCAACGCAUGAAGCCUCAUUAGGGAAAAUGAAUGCUGUCAGGUGUAAAUGUUUCCAUUUAUGCGACCAGUAUCAAAGAUAACGAGAUGCUAGUCAUGAGUUUACAGACACUCAUCCUGGCAGUGAAAUACAAUUAUUAAUUUGUGGCUUUUAAUUACUUAUUUUAACCAUUCUUUGGUUGCUUUUGUCUGGCUUGUGAUGUUUUGGCAAUGAGCCGUUUUUCCAUUUUAACUUGACCACCUCUUUAUCUUUUCAAACUUUUUAUGUGGCAUCAAACUACAAAUGUCACCAAACAUUUUACUGGGCUCUGAGGGCCUGGAUGCACGGCGCCUAACUACUAUUGCACACCAGGCGAUUCUUUGCAACAUGCAUGUAGCGAUCCAUGAUAUUGAGACAACUUUUUUGAUAUAUUGUGCAGCCCUAGUGACCAAAAAAUAUAUUGUAAUUCAAAGUUGUACACCCGUUUUUUUUUUGUUUGUUUGUUUUAUCAUUGAAGGUUUUAAGUCAGUCCUGUUCACCUUUAAAAUGAUCAGUUCAAUUAAAUCAAAAGUCCUAAAUGUAUAUGCUGUUCAUGUCAGUGAUGCUUGCAUAAAAACGUCAGACUAGUGCUUGCCAGAGCCUGCCCUCCCCUCUCCUAUUCCUGAGGGCCCCUCACUCAUCGUUACCUUCUUCCACCUGGAGACCGAAUCACGUUUGCUGAUCCUGAAGUCAAAGAGGCAGCUAUUAAUGUUGACUGGAUACUCAACAAAUCUGCCACAUUUAGACAUUUAAACACUAAUAAGGUGAUCUUAACAGUGUUUGGGGGAAAUUAAACAUUGACAGAGGACAGCAUGAACACUUUUUUUUUUUUUUUACAACCAUAGGACACAGAGCACUGGCCAUACCUAAGGAAAACAAUUAUAUUAUUGAGCAAGGUAAUAAAUGUUAUCCCUUGUAUUUUCA